UGGUUAUUCCUUCACCUGAGGCGGAACGCAUGUCUGCUGGCAUGAGCCGGCGCCCCUGCAGCUGUGUAGCACGGUCACCUUCCUGCUCCUGCAGUUUCAACCCAGUGACAGCGGCCGGGCGCCCUCGCCCUUCGGAUAGUUAUAAAGAAGAAAGUUCCACUGUUUAUGUCAAAAUGAAGUGUGAUGUUAAUUGUAACCAUAUUCAUCCUGAAAUUAAACUGGUAAAACCUGAUGACAGUGGAAGACAAGGUUUCUACAGUCCUGCCUAUUUGGAAGGUCCUUGUAAAGACUGCGUUAAAGACUAUGAAAGGUUAUCAUACCUUAGGCCACCAAUUGUGAGCCCUCGGAUUGCGGAAUUUGAAACGAAAAGCAAACCCUUGCAUAACAAGGAAAAUCGACAUGUUGAACAAACACCUAAUAGUUCAAAUGAAAUAGAAGAACUAGAGACUAAUCGGCUUUAUGAAGACAGCGGGUAUGCCUCGUUUUCUCAACAAAGUGUCCUCAGUGAGCACGAAGAGGAUAAUCUCACUCUGGAAGAAAAUUUCAGAAGCAGUCCACAGUCCUGCCUGCUACAGAUACAAAGCCCAGACCAGUAUCCCAACCAAAAUUUAUUGCCAGUUCUUCAUUUUGAAAAAGUGGUUUGUUCAACAUUAAAAAAGAAUGCCAAGCGAAAUCCUAAAAUAGAUAAAGAAAUAUUGAAGGAAAUUAUAUCCAGUGGAAAUUUUAGACUGCAGAAUAUAAUUGGCAGGAAAAUGGGCCUAGAAUUUGUAGAUAUUCUCAAUGAACUCUUUCGAAGGGAACUCAAACAUCUCUUGGCAAAUAUUUUGACUCAGCUCAGUGACAUGGACUUAAUCAGUGUGUCUAAAGUGAGCACUACUUGGAAGAAGAUUCUAGAAGAUGAUAAAGGGGCAUCCCACUUGUACAAAAAAGCAAUGCAAAGAGUUACUGAAAAGAGCAUUAAGUUUUCACCACAUGCUUCAACCAGAGAAUAUGUUAUGAUCAGAACUGCACUGGCUUCUGUUCAGAAAUCAGCAUCCCAGACUCUUCCCAAAAAAGAUGCUCAAACCAAGUUAUCCAAGAAAGAUGAUCAGAAAGGUUCUACCUACAGUCGACACAGUGAAUUCUCCGAGGUUGCCAGGACUUUGAAAAAGAAUGAAAGCUUAAAAGCAUGCAUUCGCUGUAAAUCACCCGCAAAAUUUGAUUGCUAUUUACAGCGUGCAACCUGUGAACGAGAAGGUUGUAGGUUUGAUUAUUGUACAAAGUGUCUAUGUGAUUAUCAUAGCACUGAAGACUGCUCAAAUGGCAAGCUCCUAAAAACCAGUUAUAAAAUGGGUCCUCUUCCAGGUACUAAAAAAAGCAAAGAGAAUCUACGAAGGUUGUGACCUUUAAAUCAAUUGUAAAUGAUCAUGAAGGUUAAUUAGAAAACAUUAGGUUUUUAUUGUAAAAGUAAAUGUAAUUUUUUUAAUGUUAAUAUCUGGAGUUUUGUUCCCCCAAAAAUAGAGGAUAGACAGCCUCUUAAAAUAGCAUUUUACAAUUUGUUGUGAAGAAGCUUAAAAUUCUCAAUACAAUUUAGAAAUUUUAAAUAUUUAUACAAAAGUGAGAAAGUUACCAAAGAUGAUUUAGAGGAUAAAAUAAAAUUGAUUCAAUUUCAUUAUAAAGCAAGUCCAUCUAGUUUUGUCUAGACAAUCUUAAAUAUAAAUCUGGCUUACCACCUGUUAGGAUUAUAUUUGCUUUAUCAAAUUAAUACCAACUCAGCUAUCAACUUCUGGACUUUGUUAAUUUAAAUGUUUGUCAUUUGUUCUCAGUCUUUUUUUUUUUUGUUGUUGUUGUGUCUGUUUCCACAAAUGUGUACUUUGUAAAAUAUUGCUGUCUUUAUUCCUGAAGAUAUUUUUAAAACUAUUUUAUAUGUGUGUAAAUAUUUCUAUAUUUUAUGUGCCAAAGCAAGAAAAUGUAUAUAUAUGUUAAAAUAAUUUUGCUUGUUAUAAAUAAAGUUGAUAAAAACUGAAUAA